CCGGGACGAGAAGUGGGCGGUGUUGCGGCCCUUCCCGGCAGAGAAUCUGUGGUGCUCUCGCGAGAACUCUUCCUCUUCCUUAGGCCGGCGCUGAGAGAGGUAGGCACGGCCAGCCGGGGCCUACUGGGCUGCGUGGGGGCUUUUUCCCGCGGGGGCUCCGGUGAUAUUACUCCGGGACGAUGGAAGCCCUCGCGCCCGGCCCAAGUGUCCAGAGAUGCGUCCGAUUCGCCGCCCCUUAAUGCCCGAUGGCUUCCUGGCACGGCGAAGGAGACCCAUUUCGGGGAUGGGGCAGGGGACGGUGGAAGGGAGGGGGAAAUGACCCCCAAUUCUCUUUCUCUUGGCUGCUGGAGUUUCCACGGGCCUUCCAUGUGCGCCUGGCUUUCGCCGAGUGUUGCACCGAGCACACUGCUUGGGGGGCUCUAUGAAGUCUUAUCAGUAGCUUUAACCACUAGGCAGGACUGUCUUCCGUGCUUUAGCUUUCCCGGGGGAGGGGCGCGGAGGCCAGUUCUACCUCCCUUUCGUCCCCCCUUCCGCAACCUCCAAGGGCAGCACAUGGUCCGUAAACUCCCAGUAUGCCCUGCUCGAAUAAGAGAGGGGUGCAAAGCAGGAAGCUUUUGCCCCACAGUUGUCAUAUCUUCCCAAUACUGCAGUGUGUGUGUAUCUGUGGAAGUUGUUCAGACGUGGUCCUGCAUGAAUCCUAUUUAAGAUGAGGAGCCUGUGUCCCCCUAGGUGUUAAUGGGCUAUGGCUCCCAGCAUUGGCCGUGUGUCUGGAAGCUGCCGGGCUGCAGGUUCCCAAAACCUGUUUCAGAUGUAGCUCUGCCUUCCCCAAAAAACUAUUUCAGAUGGUACCUCUGCCUUGCCAUUUAGCAAUUCCGGAAAGCAUGCUUACAUCAGGAAGAACUUAAUGAUGGUAAGAGCUGUUUGGCAAUGAAACAGACUCUCAGAAAGGACUCUCCUUCCUUGGAGGUUUUCUAGCAGACGUUGGAUGGCCAUGUGUCAUGGAUGCUUUAGUUAAGAUUCCCACAUUGCAGGGGGUUGGACUAGAGGACCCAACCGGGUCCCUUCCAACUCUCCAGGUCCAUGGUUCUAUGACUGUGGCCCUUUGAUAAAGCUUUAAUAAGAUGCUUAAGACUGGGGUUCUCAUGUGCUUCUCUAGAGUCUCUUUGUAAGGGUUCUGUGGUAGCUGGAAAAUGCAUGUUGCUGCUCGCCUUCUGUGUGUGGACUGUUCCGCAUCGUAUUAAUCUUGCAUUUUAGUUGAGUGCUUCAUAUCUUAGUAAUUGAGAAAAAGGCCUUGUAAUAUACACUGCUGUUAAUGAGCCCAUAUUGUAGAUGUGGGGCCUGCAGUUCUGAGAUUAUGUCCUCCCCACAGACCUCUAAUAAGAUCCUGGCUAAACUUAAACAAGCGUGUUAUUUUGCUCAUAGUAAAUACUUUUAACCACUACACUCCUCUUUGUGGUACUUCUGCUAAGAGUGUAUACAACAUUUUUUAAUGUGUACUAAGACUAAAUCUAUCACUGCUUUUUCCUUAAGUAAUAUGACUGAGCCAGCCUUUAGAAUUGCUUCUUCCACCAUCAAGGCUUUCCCUAAUUUGAUGUCAUUGUGAUAGGUGGAAAUCAUUCUUUAAAACAGUACAUUGAGAUAUUGAUUGUUUCCUUUGAAAUGCAGAAAGGCCAUGUUCAGUUCCAGCGCAAAGAUUGUGAAGCCCAAUGGCGAAAAGCCAGAUGAAUUUGAGUCUGGCAUCUCCCAGGUAAGUGCUCCUUUCAGUUGGUCAUAUAGGCUGUAUUGUGUACAGAACAUGUGAGGCUUGGAAUCUUGAGGCUCCGAUAUGAUGUCAUAGCCCUAUAUUUUAGUAUAGAUGUUGUGCUAAUUAACAUUCAGCAGCUGCAACCAGAGUAUCUUUGUAAGCUGUUUGUUUGCAAACUCCUCUACUGUUGACCAAUGUUUAUGGGAACGUUUGAACUAUAUGUAUUUGAUAUGUAACUGAGGUAGUUGUUGCAGAUCCUGCUACAUCAACUUGUUGAAUAUGACUUUGACAGAAGUCAAAGGAACAUAGGUAUUCAGUGAUUUCCCCCUCAAAACGUUUUUUACAGCCAAGAACAACUACAGUUAUUUUAGAAUUGGUUUGUUGCAGAUAUUUGUUAACUUUCCUUUUAACUUUCCUCCCUCAAGGCUCUCCUGGAGUUGGAGAUGAAUUCUGACUUAAAGGCUCAGCUGAGAGAAUUGAACAUCACAGCAGCAAAGGUAGCUUAAAAAACGGUGUUUCUCAAUGGCGCAGGCUCAUUUUAUGGGAUGCUUGGUGUAUCUAAGCUACCAUGUUGGUAUUUAAAGUGAUAAUUUCAGUGUGUGUUAAGUUCUACAGCAUUUUUCCGCCUGGAAAUGUCUUUAGCGGACAGAUGUGUAACUUCUUGUUGUCUCAGAAUCCAACAUGGGCAUCCAUUGAGGUGGCUCUCGCAUGGCUCUGCCCAGGUGGCGUAUGGGAGCGUAGCACCGUAUGGGGCAAUGAUGUAUAGUCCUAUUCCACAAUGUUGGACAUGAAGCUUUUCCCCCCCAGACUGAAAAGGCUGGUGUGGGAGGCAUCCUGUAUAUUCCUAUAACUUCCCAGCUUUUACAGUUGUUGUGAAGACAAACCAUGCAGGACACAAGUGAUCAAACUAAUUGGAUGUGUUCAGGAUGAGCUGCAUUCAUUCAUUCAUUCAUUCAUUUCAUGAAAACCAGGAAUGUUGUUAUGUGCACUGUAGUAGUUGUGUUUGCAGAAAUUAGGGAAGCUGUGCUGCUCACCGAAAACAGGUAUGGAAAAUCAACACGCCACUCAAAAGUUAGGAAUUUAAAAAUUCCUGGUCAUGUGCAGUAUAAGCUAUUAUAAGCUUUCUCUCAGAUGAGGAAUCUGAAAUAAUGGCUAUUUCAUGAAGUCAUGGCCAGGCUUUCAUGAGUUCACUGAGCUGUGUUGUUUUUCCAUCCGUUGGAUAUAUCACAUUACACUGUUAUUUUUCCUUUGGUGAUGUAUACUAAAAAUGCACACAAUCAUCGGUUAUGUUCCAGUUUUGAGAAUCACUGGAGAUUAUAUCUGGAACUGAACAAUUAUCUUUUUCUUAAACAGGUAAAUUGGACUUCCAUCCUAUACCUGCUUACUUGUAUAAAAGUAAAGAUGUGUAGGGUUGUGGUAAAGGCUGCCUUAAAGGAUUCUGGAAUAGGCUACACCGGGUUUGAUACUUACGUAUCCUGUGACUUCCUCUGAAUUAUCUAGUACUUGCCACUGUUGGCGGCUAAUAAGUCAAGUGGAUGUUGGUCUAACUUUUUGUUGGAGUUUAUACAACACCCGAGGUGUUUGUAACCCGAGGUACCACUGUAGUUUGUUGGACAAGCGCUUAAAACUCUUGGAGGUUUUCAUGUGUGCUUUCCUAGUUGAUUUCUUAAUAUAUAUAUAUAUAUAUAUAUAUAUAUAUAUAUAUAUAUAUAAAAUAAGAUAUUAAUGCAUUUAAUAUUGAACUUGAUAAAUGUGGUGCUUUUCUUCCAUAAAACUUAGUGGUGCUUGUUUCUAUUGGUCUGGCCUUAGGUCUACUGCAAAAUGGUGAUACUUAGAAGUGCUUCUUAGGUUGUUACCUUAAGAGCCAAAGAGUUUUUCCAAAAAAAAUAAAGAUUUCAUUAUUGAUCCUUUUAUUUUUAUUAUUUAUUUAUUUAUUUUAUAUACUAUCUUUAUCUUCUAAGGAUCUCAAGGUGUGGCUUACAUGGUUUUCCUCCCCAUCUCAUCCUCACAUCCACCUUUGGUAGUUUAGCCAAGAGGGGACAUAAUGUAGUGGUAGAGCCCAUGCCUUGCAUGCAGAAACUCCAAGGUUCAGUCUGUGGUAUCUCCAGCCGAAUGACCAAGCUGCAAGCACUUAUCUGUGACCCACCGCUGGUCAAGAGCAGAUCAUAACUGAGCUAGAUGGACCAAUGGUCUAAAGAAGAUCCGUGUUUCAUGACUGGAAGUAAUCCUGCAAACGCCGGAUGGUAUUUAAAAACUUAAACCAUGUUCAUUCCCAGUUCUGUUCUUGCUUAGGAAAUCGAAGUGGGUGGCGGUAGGAAAGCAAUCAUUAUAUUCGUGCCAGUCCCUCAGCUGAAAUCUUUUCAGAAGAUUCAAGUGCGGCUAGUUCGUGAGUUGGAGAAAAAAUUCAGUGGAAAGCAUGUGGUGUUCAUUGCUCAGGUAGGUGGCAGCUUGUCAUAACUUUCUACAAAAUGCUGGGUUGGGGGGGAGUGUUAAUGGAGGUAGAACAAUUAUUUGUCUGUGAAAGGUGUGCUGAAUUGAAUCAGAACACUGCAGCCUUGUAUAUACUUGGACACAAGUCUUGAACUGACUCCUACUUCCAGCUCUGUAUAUGCAGCAUAGCAUCACACAGGAACUAGAUCACAAGAGUCAUAGUCAUAUGUUUUUAGAAUUGUCCUCCAUGAAUUUGUUCCUAUCAGUGUUGGAGGCAGUAUUCCUCUGAAUACCAGUGGGUAGGGAGAGCACUAUUAUGUUCAAGACCUGCUUGUGAGCUUCCCAUGGGUAUCUGGUUGGCUCUGGUAUUCUUUACCUUAAAUCUGGUUUGUUAAUUCCAUUCCUAAACAUGAGAGAAAUGUGCUGAUAUAUGUCAUGCUCUCGUCUUUUAACAGAGAAGAAUUUUGCCGAAGCCAACAAGAAAAAGCCGCACAAAAAACAAGCAAAAGCGUCCCAGGAGGUAAUCUCAAAUUUAUAUUAUAUGUGUAAUAAUCAUGCCUUAAUCCAUUCCUUUCCGUUUGCCAUGAGUGCACAUUUUAAACCUUGAAGACUCAAGGGAGAAGACUGUUUUAAUCUGACACUUGUGCGUCUCUGAUCCUUGUCAGGCAUUAAUCUUGGGUAGACCCAUAGUUCACUGAUAGAUGACCUGUUUUGUGUGUAGAAAUUCCUAGCCUCCUGGACUAGGUGGGGCAGUGGUUAGCCUCAGUAUAAGGUAGCUCCAUAUUUAUUUAUUUUAUACCUAAAACCUAAAUGCUGCUAGAUUUUGUUCACUACCUUAUUACUGGCAUUUCAUAAGGUUUAGUCACCAGAUCUGUCUGCUGUACCCCUGGGAUUGGGUGAGGGUAGAAGAAUUCAUCCUGUUGGUGUUUACAUGCUACCUACUGUGUUAGUAUCCAGUCCACAGAAGUAUCCAGUCUUUCUGCUUCUCUAAUGAUUCUCUGUGGUGCAGAUGAAGGGAAAGUUGGCAUUCGUAAAAGCAUUUUAAUUGUACAUAAUAUUUCUGUUUAGCCGUACACUCACUGCGGUGCACGAUGCCAUUCUUGAAGAUCUGGUUUUUCCAAGUGAAAUUGUGGGCAAGAGAAUCCGCGUAAAACUGGAUGGCAGCCGGCUCAUAAAGGUUCACUUAGACAAAGCGCAACAGAACAAUGUUGAACACAAGGUAAGAAAGGGCAUCUCUGUGGCGCGGUGGGUCAGUGUGUCUACCUGCUAACCAGAAGGUUGGUGAGUUUGAGCCUACCCAGGGAUGGCUUGUGGGCAGGAUUCCUGCAUUGCAGGGGUUUGGACCCAAGCACUUCAUGAAGCAAGCAGAGUUGAAACUGGCAAGGUAAAGGUAAAGGGACCCUUGACCAUUAGGUCCAGUCAUGACCGACUCUGGGGUUGUGGUGCUCAUCUCGCUUUAUUGGUCGAGGGAGCCGACGUACAGCUUCUGGGUCGUGUGGCCAGCAUGACUAAGCCGCUUCUGGCGAACCAGAGCAGCGCAGGGAAACACCAUUUACCUUCCCGCCGGAGCGGUACCUAUUUAUCUACUUGCACUUUGACGUGCUUUCGAAUUGCUAGGUUGCCAGGAGCAGGGACCGAGCAAUGGGAGCUCACCCCGUCGUGGGGAUUCGAACCGCCGACCUCCAGAUCGGCAAGUCCUAGGCUCUGUUGUUUAACCCACAGCGCCACCUGCGUCCCUUUUUGAAACUGGCAAAGAUUACUGCUAUUCCGGCUGCUGUGAUUAAUCUGUGUUCAAGCUGUUUGACAGCCCAUCCCCUUGGGGUGCUCAAACGAGCCAGGUUUUCCACCAGCAGUAUCUUCAAACAGGAAGCAAAAACUUGGGGAAAUGUGCAGCUUUCCUUGGGUGUUCAGCGCUGUCCUUGCUGACUCUGUAGUACACUGCAGUACCGCAUGAGAAUUUGCAGUUUUAACAACCGGCAUGCUGGCACAUCUGUACUACCUGAUUGUUAGUAGAAAAAAUAGUGUUGGUGUGUGCACCUGGCAUCACAAGAUGGAGCCAUUUACGAUGAACGAUGGAACACAAAUGGCAGAGUGAUACUGGUCCACUUAUUUAUCAACACAGGCAUUGUUCAGAUUUUCUCAUAAUUUUGUCUGGAGUUUAAAAUGCUGUGCUUCUAUACAAGUGGAGUGACACAGUUCCAUUUCGCAGUAUGGUAUGGAAGAGGGACUUCACCUCCAAAAUUCCAUAUGGCAGUGCCAUGUCUUUUGUAUGGCUUCGUGAGCUCUUUUGGGAGGAAGAAUGGGAUAGAAAUUCAAAGAAUAAACAUUUUCUAAGAAGUAAAGCCAUGUACAGCACCGUUUUGAAACUCGCUGUGUAUAUUUGUACAUGAACUAUUGUGUCUGUAGAAAACGAUAGUUUUCUGUUUACCACUUUUAUGACUUCUGUUCCUUCCCUUUGCAGGUAGAAACAUUUUCUGGUGUCUACAAGAAACUCACAGGCAAAGAUGUUGUCUUCGAGUUUCCAGAAUUUCAGCUGUAAAGUACAACAAAUGAUUGAAUAAAACAGUUCAGUUGUUCAUAUAUCAUAAAAGUAAUGUGUUUUUAUUAAAACAUUUGGAGAGAAAGAAAA